UUGAAGAAACAAACUCUCUCUCUCUCUCUCUCUCUCUCUCUUCAACCUCCUAGCUAGCUAGCUCUCUCCUGGCGCCUGAUCCAAAUUGAAGAGGAAAAAACAUGGAAGGCUUGAUUUUAUUUGUUGGGGUCAUAGGCAACAUCAUCUCAGUGCUAAUGUUCCUUGCUCCUGUUGGAACAUUUUGGAGAAUUGUAAAGCACAGAUCGACGGAGGACUUUGAGAGUCUGCCUUAUGUUUGCACAUUCCUCAACUCCUUCUUGUGGACUUACUAUGGAAUUAUAAGGCCCGCCGGAGGAUUACUUGUGGCCACUGUCAAUGGUUUUGGUGUCGUUGUUGAGAUUAUCUACCUUACUUUGUUUCUAGUAUAUGCCUCAGCAAAGAUGAGGGCAAAGACGGCCAUCUUGAUUGGAACCUUGGAUGUAGGUUUUCUAGCAGCAGCCAUUUUAGCUACCUGGCUGGCAUUGCAGGGAGAGACACGUAUUGAUGCACUAGGGUUCAUUUGUGCAGGCUUAAACAUCAUCAUGUACGGCUCGCCGCUAGUUGCCAUGGUAAGGACACCUAAAUUUUGCUCACUACACCCAUAUUUGGUUUUUAGAUAUAUUUUUUUUUCUCAUUGUCAUGAUAAGAAGAUCGAACCCUUGGUUGGUCCAAUAAUUAAAAUCUGGGUCAACUUCUUUUUUUUAUUUUUUAUUUUAUUAAUUGGUGAGGAGGGAUUCAAAUUAAGACCUUUUUUUGCAAGAAACACCCUCUGA